CCUUCUUGAGGGCGCGGCUGGAGAUGCCUUUAUACACUUCUUGUGCUCUGCUCCAGCUCGGAGGCACGGCGGCUCUUGUUGAACCUCAGCGGCCCGGCGCUCCCGCUGCAUAUCAGACACGCGGCAGCUCCCGCUGCAGCUCAGAGGCGCGGCGGCUCCUGUUGAACCUCAGCGGCCCGGCGCUCCCACUGCAUAUCGGACACGCGGCAGCUCCGGCUGCAGCACGGAGGCUCCAGCUGCAUCUCGGUGGGGCGGCGGCUCCCGACGGCCCUAGCAGACACGGGGGGAUCCCAGCUGAAUCUCGAGGGAAGACCGUGACCGGCGAUGAAGCUCCUCGCAUCACCUCCGCCGCCGCUGUUCCCAUCCACUGCCACCGUUCAGGUUUGUUCAUUACUCACCUGCUUCGCUACAAGUGUGGUGUCCGAUUUUCUGCGGACGACAAGUAUCUAAGACGAUUGGAGGUUCUUGCUGCGUUGUAUUGUUGCUGCUCCUGUUAAUGCACAUGUAUCCGACAAAAAAUCAUACAGGGUGCCCAAACGCAGCUGUUGAGUAAAUGCAUACAUAGUCAUGGUAUGUCCUCCCUACUCAAUCGGCCGGACAUGUAUUACUUUUUCUCCUUUUUUUAGCUUUAAAGAUCACUUUACUGAACUCUCCAUGCUUUUCACUAUAUAAGCAUGGAUGACUAGCAUAGUUGAUUAUUAGUUCAAAUUAUUUUUCCUACGAAAAUGAGGAUCAAUGGCUUUAUGCAUGCUUCCCAUUAAUAGUUGUACAAUUAAGGAAGAAUUGCUGCAACCCGACCCUGUCGUCGCAGGGUUGCCUACGCCGUGGGUCUGCCGGCCGGCCAUGAGGAGCUCGCACGCCCGGAAGAAGCCACUUGCGAAGUCGCGAUGCCAUAGCAAGCUAGCGCACGGCAUGGAAUCAGAAUCCGCCCUAUGGCAGCCCAGGAUAUAUAAAAAAAGGAAAUUGCUAGAAAGGAAGUAGAAUAAAUUCCCCUGUUAUUAGGCAAAAAAGGAAGGAAUUUAAAAUAAGAAAUAAAUUCCGUUAGAAAUUAAAAUGCUAGCCUGUGGAGGAGCUCUUGGCAAGCAACCAUGUUUCGGAAUCUCAUUGUAAUGUUGUUUUCAAUGUCCUAUGAGGUCCAUAUAUAUUAUGCUUUUGGCCA